CAACACCAACAUUCCAUUUCACAUCCCCAAAUUCACAAUUCCCACCAACUAACUCGAGUAUACCGUCCUGUAACUGUACUCCUACUCCUACUCCUACUCCUCUUACACUCUUACUCUUACUCUUACUCCCAUUUCUACUUCCACCACUAUACUCCCUCCUCCUCCUCCUCCUUCUUCUCCUCCCUCCUCUUCCUCCUCCUCCUCGUCUCUCUAAAACUUCUUCCCCUCACUUUCAUCUCCACCGACUCUUGACAUCUUGCCUCUUCUGUAUCUAUUAGAGUGGCAGAUUUAAUACCUCCCCUGCGUUUCGACCACCCCCACUCUUCAUCCCUACUUGAAUCGGGAGUCUAACGCGCCUUCCUUCACACUUCUUGAACACCAGAGUCCAGCGUCUUGCCAAUCCUCGUUUGGUGACACAGCUGCGCGCUGCCUUCAAGUUUGUUAUAUCCUCCCCCAAACUCGAGUAUUGAGAGCCACGACUUCCGCGGCCCAAUAUCUCCUCACCGACACCGGUUCUUCAGUCGCACCACCAGGCUGCUUCUAAGCCGGAAGUGCUUCAGGACGACUAGAACCACUUCGCCCUUGCUGCUCAGAACCCUACACACAUCAUGAGUACUGCCAUCGCAAUGGCUCCGUCGCCCGCUCCCCACGACCGAAACGCAUACGUGGAUAUCGCGCCGUCAAACUCUUCGCCGCGCGAGACACGCAUCUCUGCACCUAUCGCAUCGAAUCACCAUGCGCCGAGAUCAGAGAGCACGAGUCCCAGAGGCUCAUCAGGCUCAAAAGGCUCGCCAACGAGUCUCCGAAAUGCCCCUCCCCCCAAGAUCAUCGUCAAGAAAGAGCCCUCGUCGCCUGGCCUCCCCACCUCGCGCCACCGACCGCGCAAGCUCGACCUCUCCAAGAACAACUCCAGCGCCGCAAACUCGAACCAAAAAGGCACCGCCCCCCUCACCUCGCGAGAAACCGGCGGCCUCGCCAUCCAAGACGUCGGCCUUGCCUGCCUCUCCCCCGGCUUCGUGACGCAAGAUCCCACAAUGCGCGAGCAGCUCCAGCGCAGCAUCUCCGUGCGCGAACAGCAGCGCCACAUCAUCGAGUCGCGGCUCCAACAGACCGCGCGACCGGGCGACGCGCCCCUCGAUAGCGCGAAGGAGAUGCCCGGACCCAGCGCAUUCGGGGCUAUGAAGACACCCGGCACAUCGCGACGCAAGGCGCCUCCCGGACUUAGCAUCGUGGCGCCCUCGCACGAGCAGUUCGCCAACGAGCGCGUCAUCCAGUCCGCGCCGCUGAAUCAGACGUUUACAGGGCGUCACCAACCGCAUCCGCUGACGCGACACGUUCAGAAUCAGCCGUCGAACCUCUCGAAUACGUCGCAUAUCCACCACGUCCCCGCGAAUCAGACCGCGAAUCGCCUCCCUCCCAUCUCAGACGUCUUUGCAGCCGAAAACCUGGGACAGCACCGCGACGCUGUGAACGGGCCGAAAACGAGCAUAUACCCACCUUCCUCCAACGCCGCCGCGUCGCAUCACAACCGCCACACUGGCUUCCCCUCCCCCACACAGGCCCCGCAACAACCACCGCACUCCGCGCGCCCGCGUGAAUACCGCUCCGCUGAGGAAGCGCAAGCCGAGCUCGCAGGCGGACGUCCAGAACUCAUUCCUAAAAUCGUGCAUUAUGGCGGCCACCAGCCUCCUACGCCGCCGAGUCCGCAGACGGGGAAUGCGAUGCGUAAUGGUGCGGGGAGGAGGCGCGGGAGGGAGGAGUAUGAGGAGGGACGGAGUCCGCCGCUUGGACAGGGGCCGGCGGCUGCGAGGAGGGUUGUGGGCGGUGCCGCGGGUGCGUUUGGGGAGGGGAGGGAUAGUGAGGAGGCUGUUAGGAUGAAGAAGGAGGAGUUUUUGAGGUUGUGUGAUCGGGCUUGGGAUUUGUUCCAUUCGUAAGGGUGAGAAGGGGUGGUGGGAUGGAGAGGGGUAUGACGUACACGACGGGCUUGAUGAGGCCGAUUCACGAACUGGGAUUGGGGAUACUACUACUACUACUACUACUAUUUGCUG